UCAUCCGCCAUUUUGUGCGAAGCAAGGUGGCCUCCACGUUCCCCGAGCGUCUUCUUCGUUUCUGCCUCGACCGCCCCUUGAUCACAGACAUGUCUCGGGAUCGGUUCCGGAGUCGCGGCGGUGGCGGUGGCGGUUUCCACCGUCGCGGAGGAGGCGGUGGCCGUGGCGGUCUCCACGAUUUCCGCUCUCCGCCGCCCGGCAUGGGCCUCAAUCAGAACCGCGGCCCCAUGGGCCCAGGCCCAGGCGGCCCUAAGCCCCCGAUUCCGCCGCCGCCUCCGCACCAGCAGCAGCAGCAGCAGCCGCCGCCGCAGCAGCAGCCGCCGCCACAGCAGCCGCCGCCGCAUCAGCAGCCGCCGCCGCACCAGCCACCGCACCAGCAGCCGCCACCGCCGCCGCAGGAUUCGUCCAAGCCCGUGGUUCCUCAGGGGCCCGGCCCCGCUACCGGAGUAGGCAGCGCGCCUCCGGCCUCCGGCUCUGCCCCGCCCGCUACUCCCCCGACCACUGGGGCCCCGCCGGGACCGGGUCCCACCCCGACCCCGCCGCCCGCCGUCACCUCCGCCCCACCAGGAGCGCCUCCGCCCGCGCCGCCGAGCAGCGGCGUCCCGACCACUCCCCCCCAGGCCGGCGGCCCGCCGCCUCCACCUGCGGGCGGCCCGGGCCCCGGGCCUAAGCAGGGCCCGGGACCCGGAGGUCCCAAAGGCGGCAAGCUGCCUGGAGGGCCGAAGCCCGGCGGCGGCCCGGGCCUGAGUGCUCCCGGGGGCCACCCCAAGCCGCCGCACCGAGGAGGCGGGGAGCCCCGUGGGGGCCGCCAGCACCACCCUCCCUACCACCAGCAGCACCACCAGGGUCCCCCGCCCGGCGGGCCCGGCGGCCGCAGCGAGGAGAAGAUCUCCGACUCGGAGGGGUUUAAAGCUAACUUGUCUCUCUUGAGGAGGCCUGGAGAGAAAACCUACACACAGCGUUGUCGAUUGUUUGUUGGGAAUCUCCCCGCUGAUAUCACAGAGGAUGAAUUCAAAAGACUAUUUGCAAAAUACGGAGAACCAGGAGAAGUUUUUAUCAAUAAAGGCAAAGGAUUCGGAUUUAUUAAACUUGAAUCUAGAGCCUUGGCUGAAAUUGCCAAAGCUGAACUUGAUGAUACACCCAUGAGAGGUAGACAGCUUCGGGUUCGCUUUGCCACACAUGCUGCUGCCCUCUCUGUUCGUAAUCUUUCACCUUAUGUUUCCAAUGAACUGUUGGAAGAAGCCUUUAGCCAGUUUGGUCCUAUUGAAAGGGCUGUUGUAAUUGUGGAUGAUCGUGGUAGAUCUACAGGGAAAGGCAUUGUUGAAUUUGCUUCUAAACCAGCAGCAAGAAAAGCAUUUGAAAGAUGCAGUGAAGGUGUUUUCCUACUGACAACAACUCCUCGUCCAGUCAUUGUGGAACCACUUGAACAAUUAGAUGAUGAAGAUGGUCUUCCUGAGAAACUUGCACAGAAGAAUCCAAUGUAUCAAAAGGAGAGAGAAACGCCACCUCGCUUUGCUCAGCAUGGCACGUUUGAGUAUGAAUAUUCUCAGAGGUGGAAGUCCUUGGAUGAAAUGGAAAAACAGCAAAGGGAACAAGUUGAAAAAAACAUGAAGGAUGCAAAAGACAAGUUGGAAAGUGAAAUGGAAGAUGCCUAUCAUGAACAUCAGGCAAAUCUUUUGCGCCAAGAUCUGAUGAGACGCCAGGAAGAAUUAAGACGAAUGGAAGAACUUCACAAUCAAGAAAUGCAGAAACGUAAAGAAAUGCAAUUGAGGCAAGAGGAGGAACGACGUAGAAGGGAGGAAGAGAUGAUGAUUCGCCAACGUGAGAUGGAAGAACAAAUGAGACGCCAAAGAGAAGAAAGUUAUAGCCGGAUGGGCUACAUGGAUCCAAGAGAAAGAGACAUGAGAAUGGGUGGUGGAGGAGCAAUGAACAUGGGAGAUCCCUAUGGUUCAGGAGGCCAGAAAUUUCCACCUCUAGGUGGUGGUGGUGGCAUAGGUUAUGAAGCUAAUCCUGGAGUUCCACCAGCAACUAUGAGUGGUUCCAUGAUGGGAAGCGACAUGCGUACUGAGCGCUUUGGGCAGGGAGGUGCGGGGCCUGUGGGUGGACAGGGUCCUAGAGGAAUGGGCCCUGGAACUCCAGCAGGAUAUGGUAGAGGGAGAGAAGAGUAUGAAGGCCCAAACAAAAAACCCCGAUUUUAGAUGUGAUAUCUAGGCUUUCAUUCCAGUUUGUUUUUGUCUUUUCUUGUUUAGAUACCACUUUUAAAUUCUUGCAUUUUAGUAAGAAAGCUACCUUUUUAUGGAUGUUAGCAGUUUAUUGACCUAAUAUUUGUAAAUGGUCUGUUUGGGCAGGUAAAAUUAUGUAAUGCAGUGUUUGAAACAGGAGAAAAGUUUUUUCUUUUUACUUUUUCUUUUCUCUUUUUUUCUUUUUUUUUUUUUUUAACUGUAUAAUGUCCCUCAAGUUAAUGGCAGUGUACCUUGUGCCACCGAAUUUCCAAAGUGUACCGAUUUUUUUUUUACUGUGCUUCAAAUAAAUAGAAAAAUAGUUAUAAUACUGAUCUUCAACUUUGCCAUUCAUGCUUCUAUGCACAUUAGGCUAGGUAUUCCACUUUGAAAGCAUGAGAGUGUUGAGGCCUUUGAAUGGCAGGCAUAUGCCAUUUCUGGGAAAUGUAUGUGGAGGCUAAGUAUUGCUUUCUACAAGUAAUUGCCCCCUUGUUUUAAAAAGAAGAAAUGCAGAUUUGAAGUAGUUCACGAUUGUUUGGCAUUAUAGGAAGCAAGCUGGUGCUAAGUAUUUUUAAAUGGUUAUGUAAGCAAAGCUGAACUGUAAAUCUUCAUUCAGGAAUAUGUAUUAAGAUUAUGGAAUGGGUAUAAGACUUGGUAGGGGGAGAAAGUGGGUUUGGUUAAUGGAUCUUUUAUGGCCCUAUGAUCUAUCCUUGGAAGUUUUUGAAAAAAGUGGAAAGAUCAUUUUGUCGCAUUUCCCCUAAUUCUUGUUUUUAAAAGAACAACAAAUCCCAAGCCCUACAAAUGGCUUGUAUUGAACUUUUACAUUUGAAUUAAAGAUUGUUAAACAUAAGCCUUUUCAUGUAUUACUUCAAGUGAUUUAUAAAGCUGGGGCUUAGUUUGAAGAAUUCAACUUGAAAAAGUAAAGUAAGGUUUAGUUAACUGUAAAAUGGGUUUAGUUCUAUUUACAUUCGUAGUCUUUUUAACUUUUACACCUUGUGCUACUUCUGUUGGGAAAAAUCUGUAGACUAUAAAGAUCUUGGUUUUCUUCUUAAGAGCUAGUGGUGACUUUUAAUAACAAAUAGGGUUGCAGAUAACCAUUCUUAAAAAUUUGUUCACCUGUUUUUAGAUAGUUGCUUUUUGAUGUAGCACUAAAUCUCAGUGACUUGCUCAUGCUACACAGUACAAAUACCCCUUCCUUCCACCAUAAAGCUUUGGAAUGUUUCGAUGGUGUUGUCAGUUAAUUGUCAACUUCAUUGAAUUUCCUUCCAUUAGAAAAAGACUUUUUGAUUCAAUAUUAAAGUAGAUUGUUUACUGUUGUCUGUCAGUACAGUGGGAGCUUGAUUUCCCAGUGCAAAUAUGUUAGAGGAACAAUUUCUAACAGUAGGUAAAGUAAUUGAAUGGUUUAGCUUUGUUCUUAGCUAUGUUUCCAUUCAACUCUACAUUAUAGAACUUUGGAAUAUCUUCAUCCUUUUCACCUCUGUUCUUGGGGCUAAUUGGCAAAAGAAAAAUUCUAAAUCAAACCUUUUGUUACCAUGCUGAAGUUUAGUAUUGUUCCUUGAGUACAAAAGGAGACCUAUUGUUGAAACAACUGAGUAUUUUCUGCAUAGGAAAACAGGGUAAUUAUCUAAGUAAAACACUGAAGUGUAAAAAGCAUGUCACCAAAUUCUGGUUGCAGGGCUGACAGGUACAUGGUGUGUUAAUUAAGGAAGAGAAUCUCCUUAGAAAAUGUGCUAAUUUUAUUCACUGAACACAUUUGGAAAUGGAUAGUUCUUUUACCAAGGAGGAAGUUUUGUCCCAAGUCAUUAAUGGGUGAUGCACACAUGGGAUUUUGUGUAUGGAAACAAGGGUGUUGGUUUGAAAGUAGUCCAUUACAAUUUGAAUUGUAUAGUAGGGGACUCUAUAAUGAUAAGAAAGUUAGGGGUGUUCAUGGGACACCCACGAGGGUGAACUUGAAUGUAUGUGGGUGGGGGCUGGAGGGGAAAUGGGAAAAUCUGCCUAUAAAAUUAAUGUUUCAGUUUAUUUUUCAGAUUACAUGCCUUUCUUUAUAAGGGAUGCUGGCACAGACCCCUAAAAUAAGCUUUUGGUAGUACUAUACCUUUGAAGAGUGGUGAAGGAUGCUAAUGAAUAAUCUCCUGAAAGUUGUGGCUUUUGAUAGCCUACUAAGGGCUGUAGAAUUGCUAAAUGUUGUUUAGCAAAUAAUGUUGCUGAGUUUCAACUGAACAUUUGACUUUUAUCAUGGAAACUGCAGUGUACCAAGGGUUGUAAAGCUACUCAAAUGGACUUUCAAUAAGUCUUGCAAUGUAAAUGAUAGUUUUUUAGCCUAAUGUGAACUUAAAUCAUCUUAAUGAGUAGUUUUCUAAAAGUCAAUGAUGAAACUUGGGGUGGGAAAUGGAAGGUAAUAAUUUUGGAAGUAUUAGCCAUUUUUCUCAUUUAAAGAAACAUCCUGCCCCUAUUUUCCUCCUCUUCCCUUUCUCUCAUAAUUUUUAAGAGGAACAUUUUGUUUUUGAACCUUAUGUCUCCAAAUCUUUAAAAACUGCAUUCUCUUUGAAGAUGCUAGUGUAUUUCAUAGGUGUCUAUAUAAACUUAACCCAUUGGCUCACAUUACUUAGUGAAAAACAAUCCUUUUUGCCUAGAACAUUAAACUCCUAAGAAUAUAAACCCCACCACUCUUUUUAGAUGUGUUAUAUCACUGAUAAAAACAAAUAACAAUUUGGGAAAUUGUAAUGUUACGCCUGUGCAAUUUUUAUAAGUGGCAUAUUAUGGCAGAAAAAAAUUUUAGAUACUUGGCUUGGGCAAGCCACUAAGUUGUGGCGGAAUGUUUUGUGGUGUUCUUGGACUGCAAUUAUGCACUAUUAAAGUAGUGGCCUGCUACAUAACUGCAUUUAGCCAGCAUUUCUGCAGUGCGUAACUGUGAGGAACGUAGUACCGCAAAUGGCAAUGGACAUUAGGACCCGGAUGUAGUAUUCCUGCUUGCUCCAAGAUUCUCAUUGCCGACUGCAUACAGGUAAGAAUGGUUGAUGUUGGCUGAUAUUGGAAUGUUCAUUCACUUGAAGUGGAUCAGAUAUUUGUUCUCCAGACAUUGACAGCAUGGGCCAACCAAGAAGGAAAACCACAAGUCGUUUGACAAAGUGUGUAGGAUCAAGAGAGCUGUGUCCACAAAACCAAUGAGGAAGCAUAUAAGGAGGAAUGAUGGACAACUUAUUUGCCAUUAAUAAAGUCAUUUUUGAAAAAUU